UUUACUCGCUCGUUUAUUUAAAGAGCUCAUCCGUAGCUUUGUAGCUAGCUUGGCAAUUGCUUGUUUUCCUGAUUGCCACCCGGGGUUACCACUCGUCGUCGCUGCUGAACUCCAUCACUGCUUAAUCGAAUACCACAGCGGCUAACCAGGUGGACAUUACGUUCCAGAUGGAUCAACAGGACCAGGCCUAUAUGUUUGCCCGUCUCACACGACCACAUUCUGAACAGCUGCUGCAAGGUCUUCAUUCAGAACAGCUGCUGCAAGGCCUUCAGCUCUUACGGAAAGAUCACGAACUAUGUGACAUCGUGCUCCGUGUGGGUGACGCCAAGAUCCAUGCCCACAAAGUAGUGCUGGCCAGUAUCAGCCCUUACUUCAAGGCCAUGUUCACGGGUAACUUGUCCGAAAAGGAGACUGCUGAAGUCGAAUUCCAAUGCAUUGACGAGACUGCCUUGCAGGCCAUUGUUGAGUAUGCUUACACUGGCACAGUGUUUAUCUCCCAGGAAACUGUGGAAUCUCUGCUGCCAGCAGCCAACCUACUGCAGGUCAAGCUAGUACUAAAGGAAUGUUGCUCCUUCUUAAAGAGUCAGCUGGAUGCUGGGAACUGUAUCGGCAUUUCCCGCUUUGCAGAGACAUAUGGCUGUCAUGAUUUGUGCCUAGCUGCAACUAAGUUCAUCUGUGAAAAUUUUGAGGAAGUAUGUCAGACUGAGGAAUUUUUUGAACUAACACGAGCUGAGUUGGAUGAAAUUGUGUCCAAUGACUGCCUUAAAGUGGUGACAGAGGAGACAGUUUUUUAUGCCCUAGAGUCGUGGAUUAAAUAUGAUGUAACUGAACGACAACAACAUUUAGCUCAGCUGCUUCACUGUGUGCGCCUUCCACUCCUCAGCGUCAAAUUUCUCACUCGUUUAUAUGAAGCCAACCAUCUUAUACGAGAUGACCACGCAUGCAAGCACCUGCUAAACGAGGCCCUCAAAUAUCAUUUUAUGCCAGAGCACCGGUUGUCGUAUCAGACUGUCCUGUCUGCACGACCCAGGUGUGCCCCAAAGGUGCUGCUGGCAGUAGGAGGCAAGGCUGGACUGUUUGCCACCUUAGAAAGCAUGGAAAUGUAUUUCCCUCAAAAAGACUCAUGGAUAGGACUAGCCCCUCUCAGCGUACCCAGGUACGAGUUUGGAGUGGCAGUGCUUGACCAUAAGGUGUACGUGGUGGGCGGCAUCGCGACACACAUGCGUCAGAGCAUCAGCUACAGGAGACAUGAAAGCACAGUGGAGAGCUGGGACCCAGAAAGCAACACCUGGUCUUCGGUAGAGCAUAUGACAGAGUGUCGCAGCACACUUGGGGUAGUGGUCCUGGCCGGAGAGCUGUACGCACUGGGAGGCUACGAUGGCCAAUAUUACCUCCAGUCUGGGGAAAAAUACGUCCCCAAGUUGAAGGAGUGGCAACCUGUGGCGCCCAUGACCAAGUCUCGCAGUUGCUUUGCCACUGCUGUGCUGGACGGCAUGGUGUAUGCCAUUGGAGGAUAUGGACCAGCGCAUAUGAACAGUGUGGAGCGGUACGACCCGAGCAAGGAUGCCUGGGAAAUGGUAGCCCCCAUGGCAGACAAGAGGAUCAACUUUGGCGUUGGCGUCAUGCUUGGUUUCAUAUUUGUGGUGGGAGGACACAAUGGAGUCUCUCACCUGUCCAGCAUCGAGCGGUACGAUCCCCAUCAGAACCAGUGGACAGCCUGUAGACCAAUGAAUGAUCCACGCACUGGUGUUGGCUCAGCUAUUGUGGACAAUUACCUGUACGUGGUGGGAGGUCACUCAGGAUCCUUUUACUUGAACACUGUCCAGCGAUACGAUCCCAUUUCAGAUCGCUGGUUGGACUCCAGCGGAAUGAUCUACUGUCGCUGUAACUUUGGUCUGACUUCCCUUUGACCCAUGGCCCAGCCAGCUAGCACUUAAUGAGACACCUUAUUAGACACAAAGACUCUUCCCCCCCGUUGGAUCCUCUUCCUGUCCCACAUUCAUCCUCCUGGUGCAGAGGAUUGCCAAACACCAGCAUGAUUGGCGUUGGACCUGCUGAAUGGAUGGAUGGAUGUGAUGGGCUAGUUAGCUAGCCAUGAGGAAUAUAGGCCAGGGGGACGUGGCUACAGAGAUGAAGAGUUGCACUCUUGUGCCGACAAAAAAGACCUGAUGAUCAUUUGCCGGCCACAAAAGAGACUUCUGCUCUGGCUGCGGGAACACAAUGAGGACUUGGAGCCAUUUCCCAGAGGAUUGGGGAAGAAACCUGUCACUUUUAUUUAAAUAUUUUUGUUACUCUGACCAGUUUUUUUUUCUUCCAUGUCUUGUAAUACUGUUUUCUAAUGUUCCUUGCUGCAACAAGGACCAUGUGUUCAACUUCUGGAGAACACCGUAGUUUGCUUGUGACAAUGUGUUUGUAGAUGUGUGUAUGUCUGUGUGUAUGCUCAAAGGGAUAUGUGCAUGUCGCUUUACUGUAGUAGUGAUGCCAUAUUUGGUUAGCACAAAUCUGCACGUACAGUUUGUCAUAUCCACCUUUUGAUUGUUUCUGUACACAAACUACAGUCAAAUCUUCAUUAAAAA